CAACGUCAACGCCCACGCCAGCGACCACGCCUACGCUUACGUUUGCUGAGGCAGCAGCAGCAGCAGCAGGGUACAGAGACGGAGAGAGCAAGCUGACAAGGAGAGCGACAGACUGACACGCGGCAGAGUGAGAACGAGAGUGAAAGAGUCACGGGAGAGAGCGUCGUGUAGGUAGGCCAAGGCCAUGCCCAGCACAGCCGGCAGCGCCGCCAGCGUCGGAGCUUUGAUCAACAGCGCCGGCAGCAGCGCCAGCGUCAUGGGCAUCGGUGCGGGCGGCGGCAGUGGCGUGGGCGCAGGUGUGGCUGCUGCUGCCGCUGCCGAGGUGGGCGCUGGCGCCGCAGCUGCCGCUUCGGCAGGCACCAUGAUAGCGCAGAGCACGGCGGGUACGAGCGCCGCCAGCGGCACGAUCACGUGGGAUAACAACGGCACCCUGCGCUCCAUCAAUCCGGGCGACUGGUCCAUCGAGCAGUGCCUCAACUGGCAGCAGCCGCAUCAUCUCUACUUUCAGCUCGGCUGGGCCUUCCUGUUCCUGGCCUUCCUCGCCCCCCACGGCCCCUUCGGCUCGCUGUGGAUGCGUGCGAUGCUGCUCAUCGGCUGCAUUAUGAUGGGCAUGUACGGCUACCUGGUGGAGUGUACCCCGGAUGUGGUGCUCUGGUCGGGCCUUGGCAUCGGCGUCAAUUUCAUCUAUCUUAUUGUGGUGCUCUGUCGCCUGCGACCCGUACGCUUUGAGCAGGAGAUUGAGGCGGUGUACAUGGCCCUGUUCCAGCCGCUGCAUGUGACGCGACAUCAGUUCAAAAAGGUGCUUAACUGCAUGAAGGUGAUACGUGCCCUGAAGUACCAGGAGGUCUAUGCCCAGGAGAAGGUCACCAAGGUCGAUAGCCUGUCGCUGGUGCUGAGUGGCAAGCUGGUCGUCUCGCAGCAUCAGAGGGCAUUGCAUAUUGUGUUUCCCCAUCAGUUCCUAGACUCGCCGGAAUGGUUUGGCGUCUCGACCGAUGACUACUUUCAGGUCUCCAUUAUGGCCAUGGAGGAGUCCCGUGUUCUCAUCUGGCAUCGCGACAAGCUUAAAUUGUCAAUUAUGGCCGAGCCCUUUUUGCAGACCGUCUUUGAUCAUAUACUGGGUCGGGAUGUCGUAAAGAAACUCAUGCAGGUCACACAGGUGAGCGAAUCGAUAGCCAGCAAUGGCUUCCUGCCAUCUGGGGGCUAUGCGGAGGAUGCCGAGGAUAAGCCGAUGCUCAUACUAAAGAAGAGCGUGGAUGUGGGCCAUGGACUGACGGCGCUAAUUAAUCGACAGCUGCAGGAAGAGCAUGUUCCCUUACUUGGUCGCACGUACAAACAACAACUGCAACAGCAACUGCAACAAGAACAACUGCAACUGCAACACCAACUGCAAAUGCAACUGCAACUGCGAGAAGCGCCACGAGUGCACGAGUCCUCCGCCUCCGCCCCCUCGAACAACAACGAUCAAAGUGCUUUGUAAAAUGAACGGGGCAAAUGAAUGAAGAAAUGCUGCUACAACGAUGCUACUCGCUACUCGCUCCACCACUUGCCAUACCAACAGAACAGCUCACCUCUGACCCAACAACAAUCAGUCACCACAACACAGACACACACACGCAAUCGCUGAAAGCAGGAGUCCACCCACCCAAUAGCAGCCGGCAGCAGCAGCAGCAGCAGCAUCCUCCACAGUCCAUCAGUUCAUCAUCCACUCCAAUCAUCAACCCGAUCCGAUCGCAGAGAGAGCCAACGCCAACUCCAGCGCCUAAUCAGCACAUCAUCCAGAAGCAAUCAUCGCAUCGCAUCGCAUCUCAUAGAAUCUAGCACACACACGCUCCUCUUAACGCCCACCCCCCCUCCACGUCUAACCAGAUCUAAUCACUCUAAUAGCAUUACGAUAUGUACUCUACAUUGUUUGUAUAACCCGAACGAGAAACCCAAACCCAAUAUCCAAACAAAUUGCCAGGCACCACUCGAAUUUCACAGUCUAAACAAAAUCUCACUUAUCACUCGCCCGACCGCCCGCCCACUCCCGCACACCAGCACAAAAAAUAUUCCACAGAAGUACGGAAAUUUCUUAUUGAAGUCCAUCGAUCAGAGCCGCUAAUGAAAGAUCACAGAGAAGGCAGCGCAGCGCAGCGCAGCUCUGAAUUGAAUUGAAUUGAAUCAGAGGAAUUUGUUGAAGUUAAUUCAAAUCCUUGAAUGUCUCACGUCUGCUCUUAUGAGUUGUAGUCAAACCAGAUAUGAGCAUGAGAUAGAUAGACUCGACUGAUCAUGAUCAAACGUCCACAUACUUGAGGUUGAUUCGAUUAUGAAUACAUACAUAUGUAUCUAUUGUACGCUCGUAUGGUAGUUUGUAGUUUAAAUGUUUGUUUGACUCUCACACAUGAUCCUAUGACAGAUGAUCUUGUAGCGUGUCGAGAUCUGAAGUUGAUAGACAUUUGUGACUAUUUGUGAUCAUGAGCACAGAUUUGAAUUAGAUUAAGAUACUUGACUGCAAUUAAAGAGAUUGUUCAUCAUAGAUUAGACAUUUAGUGUAGAUUAUGUUCUGUUUUAGCACGAGAAUAUCAAUCACAGAAGAUUCUCCAACCGAAUCUCUCAUAGAUUGUGUCAAUCGGUAGUUAAUUCCCAGCUUCUUCAAUAUCCUUAAAUAGAAAACGAUCGAAGAUUGUGCCACCAGCAGAGACACAAACAUUGAACAUAAAGCAGCUACAAGAUCCUUGACAUAAGUAUGAUCAUCGAUUCAGUUGCUCGAAAGACAACAAGCAACUGGUUUGAGAACAGCUCUCGAAUGCAGCGAUUGAAGAACGAUUCAACGUUCGAUACGGGUGAUGGAGGGGUCGAUCGAGUGACAAGUGAUGAUCAAUGAUCAACGAUCGAUGUUGAAUGAUAAAUGAUUAAAUGAUCUUUAAAAACCCAAGUGAAGAUCAGUUCUCUGAAUGAAUUUUGUUAUCUAAUAUACUUUCUAUCCAUUUGUUUGACAUUAACACAUUUAUAAUAUUAUUAAUAUAUAUUAUUUUUGUUUUGUUUUGUUUGUACUCUCCACAUUUAUGUUGAUUUGCAUACAAAUUGAGCGCGAAAACUAAUUAGAAUUAAUAUUGAAUAAUAAUAUUUAGUACUGUGUAAGCAAUACACCUAGGCACCUACAUAAGUCUCUGUACAUACAUAACCCAUACAUGCAAUAUAGUACAUACCAUAUACAUAUACAUAUACAUACACAUACAUAUACUAUACAUAUGUACAUAUGAACUGCUGUGUAUAAUCACCCUGCUCCAAGUCCCACACGAUACCCACAACAAAUAAUUAUUUGUAUAACGAAAGGAAUCAAUGUGAAUGUGUAAACAAGCCAAAAACGAAAGCAAAUAAAUAACUAAAAAAUCAU